AUUGAUCCAGCUCCGGUCGAUCCGGUACUUCUUUGGGGACAUGGCCAACAUCGUAUCUACUCAGUUUGGGCAAACGAGGCUGGUGAUAGACCUUAUCAUGUUCGAGGUACGACCAUGUUAGUCACGUACCAUGAGCGUUAUCAGCCAUAUCUCGGAGCGACUGGCUUGUCUAGUGAGUUGCCUCUGGUCCCUAUGAACUCUUAUGUGAGUUUGAUUACUGCGCUCGUAGAGCGGUGGCGACCCGAGACGUCGACCUUCCAUUUACCGUUUGGUGAGGUCAAGAUCACGUUAGAGGACGUUGUGACACUUUCCGGUCUGGCGAUCCACAGUGAUGCCGUCGUAGUUGACAUACCGGAUGAGGAGUGGCCGGCGAUCUGUUUGAGACUGAUAGGACGGGUUCCAGAUGAUCUUUCAGGCAGUGUCGUUAGGAUUUUUUUGGCUGAGGGAUGA